AUUGAAUCCGAUCCAGAAAACCCCAGCGGUUGGUGGUGGUGGCGAGACAAACACAGCGAGACGGGAAAAAAGCUUCUCGUCCACGCGCUCGGCAAAUCGGAUCAGCGAAAUUGGAAUGUCAUUGAAGAAAGAAACCCUUUCGGACGUUCAGCUACACCUGGCUGCCCUGCGUGGUGACGAAAUGUUGCUGAGGCGAGUGCUGGACAGUGGCAAGGUGCACGUCGACUGCCGUGACGAGGACUACACCACACCGCUCAUACUGGCUGCCGCCGGUGGACAUACAGCUUGCGUCAUCGAGCUACUGGAACAGGGUGCCGAUCCGAAUGCCCGGCGAGUGACCGGUACGACGGCGCUGUUCUUCGCUGCACAGGGUGGCUUCGUGGAUGUUGCUAGGAUACUGCUAAAGGCGGGCGCACCGGUCGACUGUUCGUCCGUGGACGGUGGGACACCCCUGUUCGUUGCCUGCCAGGGUGGCCACGAAGCCAUGGUGAGCGAGCUGCUAAGCCACGGUGCCAACGUGCAGGCCUGCAUGAAGGACCGUGCUACACCGCUGUUCAUAGCGGCGCAGAACGGGCACAGUUUGGUGCUGAAGUUGCUGCUCGCUGCUGGUGCGAACCCGGACGCACCCCGGAACGAUGGCGCCACACCGCUGUGGAUAGCGGCACAGAUGGGCCACGAUCAUGUCGUCAAGAUAUUGCUUCAUAAUGGAGCCGUGGUCGAUGCGGUACGAUGCGAUGGAGCAACGGCACUGUUCAAGGCGGCACACAAAGGACACAGUGCGGUCGUGCACGAGCUGCUCAAAUUUCGACCAGCGCUCGGCAAACUUGCCAACGGUGAAACAGCGCUCCAUGCCGCCGUGAUGUUUGGCCAUCUCCCAAUCGUAAAGCAGCUGGUAGCGGCCGGUUCGGACUACACCAUCGCGAACCAGGAUGGCUAUACGCCACUGCAAGUUGCACGGCAACAAAAGUUCGCCUCCGUUCAUCAGUACUUGAAGGAACGCGAGCAACAGCCGCACGGUGGUGGAGGAACACCGAAAAGAACGGUUCCAUCGAACCAAAGCAAAACAUCUAAAGGUGCUGGAGCAGCAUCACUAGCUAUCACGGGCUAAAACACUCACACAGUGUGUCGCUUGUUACCCGGGCACAGGCAGACCGCUCCAUGCAAAGGGUGUUUGUGUGUGCCGGACGCUCAAAUCCUUCCAAGUGUUUUGUUAUUUAAUCUUUACUCAAACAAUCUUAAACAUUAUUUAGUGUGUAGUAUAGGGAUCGUUCCCAUGCAGUUGUGUCUUCCUUUUUAGACUACAUGUCCACUGGGGAGGAACACUUGGAAGAUGCUUUCAAAUAGUCGGGACAUAAAUGCUCCUCCAUUAUCGUAGCCAAACGUUUUCCCGCAUCGAUGUGCUCCAACUAAUUCGUCACAAAAAAAAAGUGAAACUUAAUAGAAAUUUACCUACCGAUACGUAAAUGGUCCGGACGAUCCUUUCCGGACAAUGCAAUGCACAAGUAGUUGUUGGUCGUGACGGUUCUUGAACAGCCAUCGGUAUGUUAUGCGACCAUCACAAUCAUUUGCGGUUCCCCGAUGUCGUUUUACGUUCAUCCGUUAUUAUUGCCUGCACAGCUACCGCGAAGGGAGACGAAAUAUUAUUUGACCCCUGACUACGAACAAUCUGCCGGGCGCUUAACGGGCACCGGGAUCGGCAAGCGAAUGCUAGAUAGCUGUAAAGAUAGACAGGCUAAGAGAGCCCACUCCGUCCCCAUAGGAUCAAAGAACGCCACGUCGCGCUCUGCUAAACCGGUUGUACACCGGAAGUUUAGUGCACUCUGCUAUUGACACAUCCUCUCACACCGCACUCGGACCGGUUCGUUCGUCCCCGAAUUUACUGCAUACUUUUACCGGUACGACCGCAAAUCGCGAAACCUUUCGCUAGUGGUGUAACGCUGCGGUUCCCCGUUCGGUGGACCGCCCGCUGUGAGUGAGAUUGAAAUCGAACAUCAGAACGGGUACAACCACUUCAAUGAAAAUGUCCUGGGUCCUGCGCACCCUUCGGCACACGGGUAUAUAUAUAUAUAGCGAGGUACGCGAAAGAUGACACCGCGGGAAAAUGGAUACCGUCGGUUGCAAAAACCCCGUUAUUGCUGGCCUCCGAAUGCCCAUCAUCAUCAUCAUGCCCGACCACCAACGGUGCAGGGAAAAUGAAAAACUUUCAUCCCCAAGCACACACACACAUACAUACACGUGUGGGUCCUUUCAUCCCGCCCAACGGGUACGGAUAUUGCGCAUUGCGGACCAACAGUAGCAGGAUAAGAGCAGGCAGCAAAAAAAAAGGCGGGAAAAAACAUGCAAAACCAGACCAGAACGUUCUUCACCUGACACUAUGUUGUGUGCCCGGUGGAAGAGUGCAAAGGGAUGCAUUGAUUUGUGAUGUGUGCGGCGCUGCAAAUGGAAGGACGACACCGUUUUAGUGGAUCACAGCGCAACGUUUGCGGGUGUAAUGAAAGUGUUAAUGUUGGAAUGAAGCAAAGAUACGGUUAACGCAAGCAAUUUCCUUCCUUCCUUACGAAGCGUUUGGGAUGUUGCUGUCCCCCAAAAAGCCGCUGUCCUCUUCUUCUAAAUGCAAUACCGAGCGGCAAUAAGUGUUGCCGGAGGCCUUUUAAGUUCAGUGAAAAAUUAGGGUACUGCUCGCGGUAGGUAACUUGUUGCUUGUUACGCCCCGAAUACUAGUUCUAGUGCAUCUAAACGCGAAUAAA